AUGAAGCGCGUGGCCGUGGUUGUCUCCAGCGUCAUGUUCUUCAGGCACGCCCCGCGCGGGCAAGCCAGGGCGAACCCGGUGUCGUUCAUGAACUGGCUGGGCAGCGGCAUCGCCAUCGCGGGCACCUACCUUUAUUCCCUGGCCACGGACAAGCACAAGGAGGAGCUCGCCGCCGCCAAGGGCAAGGGCAAGGCCGCGUGA